AAACCUUCUGUCUGAUUCUCUGACCUACUUAUAAAGUGAUGGAAACCCUAGUUAUCUUUCGCCUUACCGUCAUCUCUCUCGUCAAGCAAGCAAAGAGCAGCUUCUGUUGCAUCCUUCAACAACCGCCAUGGCGAGAAUUAAGGUCCAUGAGUUGAGACAGAAGACAAAGGCUGACCUAUUGGCUCAGCUCAAGGAUCUCAAGGCCGAGCUCUCUCUCCUCCGCGUAGCCAAAGUUACUGGUGGUGCCGCAAACAAACUCUCCAAGAUUAAGGUGGUGAGGUUGUCGAUUGCUCAGGUUCUGACUGUGGUUUCACAGAAGCAGAAGUCUGCAUUGAGGGAAGUUUACAAGAACAAGAAGUAUUUGCCACUCGACCUUCGUCCCAAGAAAACCAGAGCUAUUAGAAAGCGUCUCACUAAGCAUCAGGUAUCAUUGAAGACUGAAAGGGAGAAGAAGAAGGAGAUGUAUUACCCAUUGAGGAAGUUUGCAAUUAAGGUGUAGGUUGUUUGUUUUAUUAUUCCAAGCAUUGUUAAAAUCAUGUUUUAUGGGAUUUAUUGGUUGUUUUGAAAUUGACCAUAGCAUUCUAUUUUGGUUGUAACUUUGUUUUGAUGUUUGAAUUGAAUUCCAACUUAGUUAUUUCUUUUGAAGAGA